AUGACACUUCAUUCACAAAUCUCAGAGAAAGUUCACGAUAAACAAAAUGAAGGGAUUUCAUGGUCUCCCACUAUCUGGAAUCUUUGCAAUGUUGGAGGAAGUCCAGACAAUUCAGAACUGAUUAGUAGCAAUAUAGAAGACAAAAUUGAAAUCAAACACAUUGUAACUUUGAAAAGAAGAUGUUAUAAGCUUAGAGAUUGUGAUCACGAAUUUCAGAUCUUCAUCACUCCGACUAACGGGAUCGAUUAUCGGUCACUUAGCUGUGAGCACACUGGAAGCAUCAUACGCCAUCCGGCUCGAGAGAGCGAAUUACUUCGUUAA